AGGACAGGACAGGGACAGGACCAGGACAGGGACGGGGACAGGGAUGGGAGCCGCAGUCCGCAGCAGUUCCCCGCACUGUCUGCGCGUCUUGACUUGGCUUUGCGCAGCCGUCCCGCUGCUCGGCUUCGCCCCCUGUGCUCAGGCGAAAACAUCGAGCAAACCCAACAUAGUCCUGAUCCUGACGGACGAUCAGGAUGUCCUCCUGGGCGGAAUGGAACCGUUAAAUAAAACGAGAAAACUUAUUGGUGAUCUGGGAAUAACGUUUACAAAUGUGUACGUGGCCAGCCCACUGUGUUGUCCCAGCAGAGCCAGCAUUUUGACUGGAAAGUACCCGCACAAUCACCGUGUAUUCAACAACACAUUGGAAGGAAAUUGCAGCAGCAUUGCUUGGCAGAAAACUCAGGAACCCCACACCAUCGCUGCAAUCCUCAAAGGGGCUAGCAAUUAUCAGACCUUUUUUGCAGGGAAAUAUUUGAAUCAGUAUGGAUCUGAGGCUGCAGGCGGUAUUGAACAUAUCCCUCCAGGAUGGGAUUACUGGUACGCUCUGGCUAAGAACUCAAAGUAUUACAACUAUACACUUUCCGUUCAUGGAAAGUCGCGGGACUAUGGACAGAAUUACAGUCAUGAUUAUCUAACAGAUGUACUGUUAAACGUUUCCCUGGACUUCCUGCGAUACAGGAUAAAUUAUCGGCCCUUCUUCAUGAUAAUCUCGACCCCAGCGCCACACUCUCCAUGGACGGCCGCCCCACAGUAUGCAAAGAGCUUUCAAAACGUUAAAGCACCAAGAAACAGUAAUUUCAAUAUCCAUGGAAAGGACAAGCAUUGGCUAAUCAGACAAGCAAAGACACCCAUGACCAACUCUUCACUUCAGUUUUUGGAUAAUGCUUUCAGGAAAAGAUGGCAAACACUGCUGUCAGUGGAUGAUCUUGUGGCAGUAAUAAAGGAGCUUGAUCAACUCAAAGAACUGGACAACACCUAUAUCUUCUUCACAUCCGACAAUGGCUAUCAUACUGGUCAGUUUUCUAUGCCUAUUGACAAACGACAGCUAUAUGAAUUUGACAUCAAAGUGCCGUUGCUUGUGAGAGGACCAGGGAUCAAAUCUAAUAUGAUUAAUAAGAUGCUUGUUGCAAAUAUUGAUUUGGCUCCUACCUUCUUGGAUAUUGCUGGUUAUGAUAUUCACAAGACUCAAAUGGAUGGCAUGUCUCUCUUACCUUUGCUGAAUGGUAAGGAGCAGAACACAACCUGGAGGACAGACUUCCUUGUGGAGUAUCAAGGAGAGGGAGAUAACAGUACGGAUCCAACCUGCCCUUCACUGGGGCCUGGAGUCACACAAUGUUUUCCUGACUGUGUUUGUGAAGAUGCAUAUAAUAACACGUAUGCCUGCGUGAGAACAAUUUCCAGUUCAGCUGAUUUGCAGUAUUGUGAAUUUGAUGAUAGUGAGGUAUUUGUGGAGGUGUAUAAUUUAACCUCUGACCCACACCAGAUUACAAAUAUAGCAAAAUCCAUAGAUCAGGAGGUACUGGAGAAAAUGAAUCAUCGCCUCAUGAUGUUGCAAUCUUGUUCUGGAGCAACAUGUCGCACACCAGGGGUAUUUGAUCCCAGGUACAAAUUUGAUCCUCAACUUAUGUUCAAUCAUGGACCCAAUGCUCAUAAAUUAGUCCAUAAAAUCUUGUGAGGCCUUUUGCAAGCUGUGACCUGUGACACACCCUCCUUCCUUCUCGUGACUUAUUGUUCAUGGUCAUUUGGCACUCCUUACAUGGACUCACUUAGAAAAUGAAUGGGAAUUCUACUUUACUGCCCACAAUUGGUAAGACUGGUUUUCCUGUAAACCCUUUGGAUUCUUGAAGCAGGUUUUUUUUAAUUCUUUCAAUUUUAAAUGGCAUUAACGUGUGUUUUAAUUGAUACAAUGGCGGCAGCAUUUACUCCGCUGAUUUUUAUUGUCAAGAAAAUUUGUGGCCAGUUUUCCUCGCUAAAGAUCUUCUACAAUUCAUGUCAGGAAAGAAGCACGCUUAAUAGAUACCAGUUCUGUUCCGUGGCGUUCCAUGGUCACCACAAAGGCUGAUAAGCUCCUUCAUGUACUGCGACCUCCCCCCACUGAUCACUAGUGUUGCUAUACAGUUAAAAUAACAUUAUCAGUGUUCCAUGUAACUUCAAGGUUCCAAAAAUGCUAUUACUGACAAGUUUCUGACACACAUCAGCAGUAUUCAUUAGCUAGAAUUGCAUUUGUUAUUCUCACUAAUAAGCACGUUGUCCUGAAGUUAAACUUGUCAUUGUAUAAUUCGCAUCCCAAAUAUUUUGUGAAGCUCUGCUUUGCGUGUCUUUUGUUUAAAGGAAUGUUUUUUAUGCAUUAGAACUUCUCACCAAUGGUUGGUUUAAUAUGUUGCACUGAAGGAUGUUAAAAGGAUCAAAGCUGUAUUGUUUUGACACAUGCAUUUAAAGUCCGUGGAGCUGUGCUCUUUUGUACUUGUUUCCCCCACUCUACUUUUUGUUCCAAUGACUACUUUUGCUUAUUCCCAUUUUAGAAUGAUGCUUUUUAAAUCAGAUUGGCAAUCGCAAUCAGCUGCAUAAGAUAGCAAUUAUAGCCAAUAUCAGCCUUGUUGGUUGUACAGCAACCUUUGCUCAUCCAUUGUUGGUUUAGUGAAAAGUUGUGGCCAAAUCGGAGCCAGUUUAUUGAGUGAAUCCAGCAAUAUUGCAUCAUCCACCGGAAUAUCAGUCUUGUUCAUGGUUUCCAUAUUUUUUUAGUUUCCACAUCCAGAUGUUCUGUGCUGAUUACAUGAUUGGUCAUGUAAGACACUAUACACAUCAAAACAUUCUGGUUGGAAUGUCUCAGCAACAAAAUGUGAAUUAUCUGAAAUGCAAACAAAGCCAUAAAAGCUAGUACUUUGACUAUAACCAUAUCCUAGGUAUAGGUUGAGAAAAUGCCUCUAGCGUAGCACUUGUUGAAAUCUUUGAGGUUCCCUAUUUGAUUUUGGGCAUCAAUAUCACUCUUUUUUAUUGUAAACUUCAUCGAUACCUUGGGUACAGUGUUCUAGUAUAUGCAAACAUCUCCAGAGACGUGACUAAUACUCUGAAGAUGAAUUGGAGAAUUGUAUAAAACCAUGAACCGCUGUAUUUCAUCCUUGUAUUUUUAAAGAAAUAUGUUCUGCAAUCAAACACCACUGUGAUCUUUCAUGUGGAUUGUUACCUGCUAGCUUGAUCUGGGUACUAUCAAUAAAUGAAGUGCACCUGCAGGGCUUAUCUUUAUGAUUAGAAGACUAACAAUGCCAUUUUGAUUCUGUGGUGUGCCUACUAAAGGUGCAUGAUCGAUCCUACAAUAAAUAUUGUAUAACCGUGCACCUAAAGGGAAAGGAAACUUUAGUUUUUAUCAUUGCUUUAGAAAAAAUCUGUAAAUCAGUCUUUCAAGUCUUAAUUAUAAAUCGUGCAUUAUCAGUGUUAAACUAUGUUAGAAUGAAUUUAAUUUCUGAAUUUGAGUAACAAUUUAUGUACAGCGUUGUAGUGCUGCGAGGCUUGCAAAACAUUAUCUGUACCUUCAAGAUGAAUGAAUUAAGAUUUCCUAUUUUUUUCCAAAGAUAACUAAAGUGCCCUUGAUUGUAGUCUUGUGAUACAUGAAUGCGAUGGCUUGAUUCAGUCCUGCACUUUAUUAAUAAACUACUUCUCACUUGAA